AUGCAGCCAGCCAUGCAGCCAUGCACCUGGCAGCCUAAAGCCAAAAGCAAGGGUUCACGCCUGUCAAAGUGGCAACUACUUGCAUACUGCAUCUACCCAUCGCAAGCAUCGCAGACCACAAACACAAUCUCCCUCCCCGCCCGCCAUCUUCUGGCUACAUCGGAUUGCAUUGGGCGCACACCCCAUGUACUAACCUCUCAUCCAGUGCAUACUCCUCACCCGCCCUCUUAG